AUGCCGCUGCACCAGAGGACAUCUGCUAGCCCGGUCAAGAGGAGCUCUUCCUCGGCCUCCUCCACCGUUUCUUCCAAGGCCCUGACUGGUGCGCACAACAACGCCCGGCUCUUCCCGCUUCCACCCACUGACCGCCGAAAUCUAGUUCACGACUACGACUACUCAUACGAAUAUGACUACGAGUCGGAUUUGCGCGACGAUCUUCAGAAGGCCAACACCGACCUCAACAAGGCAAACGCCGAAAAUGACAAGCUCAAGAACACCAUCGAGACACUCACCCGCAAGCUGAACGAGGCCAAGACCUCUCUUGAGCAGGCUAACCGCAAGGCUACCGAAUCCAACGUCUCUUACCGCGAGGUCAAGGCCCAGCUCGAGGGCGCCCGCUCCGAGGCCGAGGUCCUCAAGGAGGACAACCGCCGUCUCAACACUGACUUUGAGGAGCUCAAGGAGGAUAAGCGCCGCCUCAACAGCGAGUGCGAGGAGCUCAAGGAGGAGAAGGAGACCCUCAAGGAGGAGAACGAGCGUGUUAAGUUUGAGCACCAUGACCUCGAGCAGCGCUUCAUUGGUCUCACGGCCAAGCAUGAGAACCUUACCAUGCGCUUCAACGCUCUUAACAACCAGACGCCCGCCUCAACCAUGACGAGCCCCAUGUCGAGCCCAAUGCCUAGCCCUCUCCCCGCUCCUCUUCCCGAGGCCACUCGCAAGCCGUCCCGGCCUUCCAGCAAGGCCUCGAGCAAGGCCUCUAGCAAGCCCAGCAGCAAGACUGGUAGCAAGCGCGAGACCCGCGAGGCCCGAGAGGAGCGUCACCGCGAACGAGAGGAGCGACACCAGUCUGAACGCGAAGAGAGCUCCCGCGAGGAGCGCCCACGCGAGCAUCGUCACCGGGAUGAGCGCACCCGCGAAGAGCGCCGUGAGGAUCGGGGACGACGGAGCGACAAGCCCAAGGACAAGGACAGCCGGCCUGAUAUCAAGGCGGACAAGGAGCGCUUGUCGAAGCGGUUUGAUGAGCGUCCUGCUUCAGGACCUCGCCAGACCAGCUUCAUCGAGCCCUGGGGACCCGGAGGUUGGUCUCGCUAUGACGCCCCUUCCAAUGACCUUGACGCUUACGGUCAAAUGACAACAGGACGCAAGGCUGCCAGCGUCGUCUCUAGCCAAGCUACUUACAACGUGCCUCGCACUUCCAGCAUCGUCAAUGGUCACUUUAGCAGCGACAGCAGCACCUACGAUGACGAGCGUUACGAGGAUGGCUCAUACCACGCGUAUCCCAUCCCGAACUAA